GGCAACACGUCAGGAGAAACUACACAGGGUACCAACUCUUGACAAUCAUUUCACCGUUUCGGUUUAAAUGAACCGCUGUGUAAACGGGCGCUUGAGUUAAAAGAAUAAAGAAAAUCAAGCAGAGAUAUAAAUAAACCAACAGGAGGCUAGUAUCAGUAGCCGAAGCUAAUCCUGCUUCUUCUUCCAUAAACAGAACCGUCCAACUGCCCUGCAAACAUCAGGUGGAGAUACUGGACGCCAAGACCAAGGACAAGCUCUGCUUCCUAGACAAGGUUGAGCCAAAUGCCACCAUCGGGGAGAUUAAGUCUAUGUUCCACAAGAGCCAUCCACAGUGGUAUCCAGCCAGACAGUCUAUCCGCCUUGACCCCAAGGGGAAGUCUCUGAAGGAUGAGGACGUUCUGCAGCAUCUUCCUGUGGGAACCACGGCAACCUUCUACUUUAGAGAUCUGGGAGCUCAGAUCAGCUGGGUCACAGUUUUCCUGACAGAAUACACCGGCCCUCUGGUCAUCUAUCUGCUGUUCUACUUCAGGGUUCCCUUCAUCUACGCGCCCAAAUAUGACUUCACCACCAGUAAACACUGGGUUGUACAUCUCGCCUGCAUGUGUCACUCCUUCCACUACGUUAAGAGGCUCCUGGAGACCUUGUUUGUCCAUCGCUUCUCUCAUGGAACGAUGCCGUUACGGAACAUCUUCAAGAAUUGUACCUACUACUGGGGCUUUGCAGCAUGGAUGGCUUAUUAUAUCAACCAUCCAUUAUAUACACCACCCACAUAUGGAGAACAGCAGAUCAGGCUGGCGCUCAUCAUAUUCCUGUUCUGUCAGAUCGGGAACUUCUCCAUCCACAUCGCCCUCCGGAACCUCCGCCCACCAGGCUCGAAAACCAGGAAGAUUCCCUAUCCAACCAAGAACCCCUUCACCUGGAUCUUCCUUCUGGUCUCCUGUCCUAACUACACCUAUGAGCUGGGCUCCUGGCUCGGCUUCACCCUGAUGACCCAGUGUCUGCCGGUGGCGUUCUUCACCUUGGUGGGUUUCAUCCAGAUGACCGUCUGGGCCAAAGGGAAGCACCGCAGCUACCUGAAGGAGUUCCGCGACUACCCUCCCCUCCGCUCGCCCAUCGUGCCCUUCGUCCUCUAGAUCCAGUAUCAACUAAGAGGCGGUCCUUUCUCCAAACCUUACACUAGAUUUAGACUGAUGGAUUUGGAAGCUUGAUCCCUUGACCUCCACUCUGUUUCCCUUCCUGCUUUAAACUCCUGUGUUGAGUAAAAAUGUAAAACACUAGUUUGUUAAAAUUUUUUUAUUGCAGACAAACGGUUCUAUUCUGACUGGUUUACUUUUGAGUUUCUGUUCUCGGAGUUGCGUUCUAAUAAAACUGCUGUAAAAUAUGCAGGAGCUCCAUUUUUAAUUGCCUCACAUCCCAGUUUUCUGGUGUUUCUGUCUGGAUCUGCAGAUAUUAAAUCCUCUCUAAACUAAACUUUAAUUGCUCAAGAAUCUUAAAUCUGACAAUUUAGUUUUGUUGUCUGAGGUAAUUUAUUAAAAAAAUAAAUCAA